AUGAGAAGAUGUUUAGAUAUUGGCAUGCUUCCAGAGAAUGUGCAAAAUAAAAGAAAUAAACGUGACUAUUUCUUCGCAGAUACAUUAAACAAUGCAAUUCAAAAUAAAGAUAUUCAACAAUCACCUACCACAAUGGAACAUCAAAAUAAACUCCAAUCCUUGUCUAGAACAGAAAUCGACAAACUUUUGGGACCCCAUUUUAAUAAAUUGACUGAACUUAAUGAAUCACAAUCAUUUACAGGUGAGGCAAAAAGGAGUGGCAUUGCUCUCAUCUUUUCAACUCUUUGCCUCUCUUCUCCUAAUUGUUCGCGAUUAUGGAUAUCCAGAACGGAAAAAAAUCCAGGCAAUCCUUCGGUUUUGUGGUCCCAACAAAAAAUAUGUUUAGUAUAUAUUUUUAGUCGCCAAGGGUUUAGUUAUGUCAAAAUAAACGGUCGACGUCGAGUCCCAUAG